AGCUCUGUAGCCUCCUGCUUCCUCGUCUUCCUCUCCUACAUGGCCAACAGCGGUGAGGUCGAGGAGGCGAGACAGAACUUCACGUGCAGUUGCUGCUGCGACCUGAUGGUUGACCCCACCACUCUGACAUGCGGUCACAGUUUCUGUCGAUUGUGUUUGGCUCACUGGUGGUGCACGAGCCGCAGUAAUCAGUGCCUAUACUGCAGACAGCCGUGGCAUGGAUACCCACAAGUCAACACAAGUCUGAGAAGUACUAUAGAGCUGUUGUUUCCUGCUGAGACAUCAGAAAGACGAGAAACGAUUGCCAAAGACACAGCGAGUCAAAAAAUACUCCAACAAUUCCAACAGGACAAGGACAUUAUUGGAGGAUUUUCGGCUGCAGCGGUUACAAACAGGCAAGGCAAUAAUAACCAACAGAGACAAAUCAAAGGAUGCCUGUUUGUUACAGGCGCUCUCAUCAUUGCUUUUGUUAUGUUAAUUCGCUGGCUCAUCGGUGCAGCUGGAGAAGACAUCGCUCUCAAACCCGUGAGAAAAUGGUCGACUGAUGACGUUGCGACUUGGAUUCAGAACUUAGGGAGCUGGGCACAGCACGAAUAUCAAGACAAAUUCAGAGAUGCUGGAGUAAACGGUCAACUGCUGUUGGUGAUGGAUGAGCAAGGUCUACUCGAGUUGUCCGUAACAUCUCAGCUGCAUAGGAAAGCAUUUAUAGAGGCUCUCGGACAUUUGAAAACGGACGGUGUACGACUGGCUACUAAUCUGUGGGAAUACAAGACUGCUCACAGGCAACAUACGAUGUGGCUGACUAUAUGCCUCACAGGAUUUCCUCGUUUGCUUAUCAUCUAUUCAUAUUUCUGUAACUACGAAGACACAUACCUACCAUUUAUUCACUAUGUUAUACCUCCAUCGGACACUGAUCCAAACUCUGACAUUGACGAGACACUCGCAAAGUUGGGUCAGCCGUCGUGGCGUCAAUCGAUCGACUUCUGGUUCAGGGCGCUCGUCAUUCCUUAUUAUCUCAUUGGCUCGUUCAUGUGGAGUUGGAUAGGAGUUCAUUUCUGGAUCGGUGUACCUGUUGUUGUCUACUCUGCUAUUAUGACGUUGACAGAUGCAUUGCGAGUAGCUGUGUUUAACCAGCAUCCGAGUUUGAUCGGAACGGCACUCAAGCAAAACUGCUGGCAGUUUGCCUUCUGGUGGGUCGUCAUGGCGACUGUCUGGCACAUCACACCUUUCUUCAUCUGCGACAUAGCAUUCUACUGGAUGAUUUUUAUGAGUCCGAUAAACGCAUGUCUAUCAACCCACAAGACUACACAAGCAUUACAACAAUAGCGCAGCAGCUGCUACUUGAAUUCUGCGGUCAAGCAGUCACUGGGACUCGCAUGGGCAGUUGGGGGUAGUUGCUUGAAAGAAAAUACAACUUUGUGCUCAAAGAGUUUGCAUGCUGAUAGCAAAUGUUACCUACUAGUCAUGACUUAAUUAAGCCUUCGGAAUAUUAGUUGAAUAGAGAUGAUGGCUAUUCAACUGAGCACUGGCAGUAUAACUUAACUUCAUCACAGGACAAGCUGUUAGACAGGCUGACGAUGAGUCUAUGUCUACCUUCAUGAAGACACAUGCUUCAUCGGUAAGUCUAAUAGUAGCAACUUUGAUUGAAACAACCACCUCACAACAAGCCAAUAUUUUCAUACACCUUCCACAUGUUUGAUUGCCCUUGAUCGAGCAGAUGCUUCCCUCAAUCGAAUUGAACGAAUGUUUUAUUUAACAACCGGAAAAUUUCCAAGCGUUGACCUGUUUAAUUGUAUUUUGUACUCUUAGAGUCUACCAUUCACUCAUACUGUAGCUGUGGUUUGUUCGAGCAGAUUGAAAUAUCUAGUGUAUAUAGAAGCUCAAAUUGUGUGUGUGUGUGUGUGU